GAACUCUCGCCGGCUCAUGUUUUCGGCGAAGAAACCAAGAUGUCAGCGCCCAUGGAAGUGAUCGUGAGCACGGACUCGUCCUCCCUGCUGUGGAACUGCACGGUGUCGGACCUCCACUCCGGGGCCAACCUGGUCUCCUACCGGGGGGGAAACACCUCGGCCCGUGGCCUGGCCGUCCUAGACGACCGGUGGCUCCUGGGGGCCCAACUGGGCAAGAACUUCAUCAACGUGUGGGAGAUACAAAGGAAGGACCAGCUGCUGCAGAGGAUGGUGUGUCCCGGGGUUGUGACCUGUCUGACCGCCGCCCCCAACGGACUGUUCCUCGCCGCCGGGAUCGCAGAGGCCCUCUACCUGUGGGAGGUGUCGACGGGCGGCCUCCUGGCGGUCCUCAACAGACACUACCAGGACGUCAGCUGUGUGAAGUUCACCGAUGACUCCUCCCACCUCAUCACCGGAGGCAAAGACAACCUGGCCCUGGUGUGGCGCCUCGCCAGUGUGGUGCAGCUGGACCAGGGCUGCAGCCCCGAGCCUCUCCACGUGCUGUCCCGCCACUCCCUCCCCGUCACCGACCUCCACUGUGGGCUGAUGGGGCCACAGGCCCGGCUGGCCACAGCCUCGCUGGACCAGACCGUCAAGCUGUGGGAGCUGGGCUCAGGAGAGCUGCUCUUGUCGAUCCUGUUUGACGUCAGCAUCAUGUCGGUGACCCUGGAUCCCUGCGAGUACUUCCUGUUCUGUGGAGGAAGUGAUGGAAACAUCUUCCAGGUGUCCCUGUGUAGUCAGAGUUUAAGCCGAGAUAAAACGUUCCAGUCAGAAAGCGACGGCAACCAGGUGUUCAAAGGACACAGGAACCUGGUGAGCUGUCUGUCGGUGUCGAUGGACGGGACGCUCCUCCUGUCGGGGUCCCACGACGAGACAAUGCGGCUCUGGGACGUCCAGAGCAGGCAGAGCCUUCGCUGCUCCGCCCAGAAAGGUCAGGUGACCACCUGCUCCAUCAUGGCCGCCCCGGCCAACAUGCUGGUCCCUCUGGGGGCGUCGGCCACGCCCCUGCCGCGCCUCAGCCGGCACCUGGCGUCCUCCCAGCACGCCGAGGGGCCCGACUCCGGAGACGUCUGCCUGCGCCUCGGCCUCCACACACAGGAGGAGGAGUCGUAUCUUCAGAAAGCAGAGAAGCUCUUCUCCACCAUGACGGCCAUCACGGACAAACGGGUGGGGGAUGAGGACGGCUCCAGGGUGCGUCUGGCCGAGCUGGAGGAGGAGGUCCGCACCCUGAAGAAGGUCAACAAGGACCUCUACAGCUUCUCCGCCCACCUCCUCACCUGACUCCUCCUCCUCCUCACCUGACUCCUCCUCUGACUCCUUCUCCCCCUCACCUGUCUCCUCCACCCCCUCACCUGUCUCCUCCACCCUCACCUGACUCCUCCACCCCCUCACCUGACUCCUCCUCCUCCUCACCUGACUCCUCCUCCUCCUCACCCGAC